AUGCCGACAAUAACGGAACUAGACGCUCAUGAGCAACCAACGGCGGAGCUGCGGGCAAAGUGGAAGUCGUGGUCGCGGAUGGACGCAAAAGAAGUUAUGAAUCACCCAAGAAUCGACGACCCGCGCAAACCACCGGUAGAGAGCGGCUUCACCCAGACGGGCACCAUCACCAAAGAGCAGAGACGAGACGCGUUUUCACAAUUUGUCGAGGAAUUUGCCGACGAGGCCAAGGACGACGUCCCCGUCCUACACCAUCCGCUCCUACCAGGCCUGUUGGUCGUCCCGUCACUCGUGCCGCCCGCCGUGCAGGUCGCCGCGCUCGAGCGGAUGCUGCACCGGGACCUCUGCAACCCCACGCACCAGACGAACCUGCACCUGCACUACGACCUGCCGUACCCUCAUCACGGCGACGGCGACGGCGCCACCACCCCCGUCUCCGAGCGCUCCCUCUUCGCCCUCUCUCCCACCUCCGGCGCCGCGCCCUUCCUCCCCAAGGACCCGUCCGUGCACAAGCCGCUGACUGCGCGGCAGGUCCUCACGCGGCGGCUGCACUGGGUAACCCUCGGCGGGCAGUACGACUGGACGAGCCGCGUGUACCCCGAAGAAGAGCAGGCGGCUCAGCGGCUGCCGGCGUUCCCGACGGACAUUGCGCGGUUCCUGGCCGCGCUGUUCCCGGCGACGGACGCGCAGGCGGCCAUCGUCAACCUGUACAGUCCGGGGGACACGAUGAUGAUGCAUCGGGACGUCAGCGAGUUCACGGACCGCGGGCUGGUGAGCCUGAGCUUCGGCUGCGACGGGCUCUUCAUGAUCGCGCCGAACACGCCAUCGGCGGCGGGGAGCGAGGGAAGGGCGGACGGUGACGAGGAGGACUACCUGCUGCUGCGCCUGCGGUCGGGCGACGCCAUCUACAUGACGCAGGAGUCGCGAUUCGCGUGGCACGGUGUGCCCAAGAUCAUCCCGGGUACGUGCCCGUCGUACCUGGAGAGCUGGCCGGCGCGCGAGGACGGGCAGUUCGCGGCCUGGGAGGGUUGGAUGAAGAGCAAGAGGGUAAACCUCAACGUGAGACAGGUGCGGGAAUAA